AUGGAGCAGAAACACCAGCCCUGUCCCAUCCCCGCAUAGCUCAGGGCUGCUGAGCAGAGGAUCUCCUGCCUCCCCUGCUCCCACCCCCUGGCCCUGCUAUGGGAAUCCGUGUGCCCAGGGGAGGGGGCAGAGCAGCCCUCCCUUUAUAAACCCCACAGCACAUCCAAGCUGGCAGCAGUGCCAGGAGCUUUGCCUUGCCCUGAGACACCCACCUCCCAAAGCCUGGGCUCCCUGGGAUGACCAAAGGAGGAAUGGAGUCCGUGGAACUGUUCACAACCGAAGGCAAAGGCAGGGGAUUGAAAGCCCAGAAGGAAUUCCUGCCUGGGGAUGUCAUCUUUGCAGAGCCAGCCUACGCAGCCGUGGUUUUUGACAGCCUGACCCACGUCAUCUGCCACACCUGCUUCAAGAGGCAGGAGAGGCUGCACCGCUGCGGGCAGUGCAAGUUUGCCCAUUACUGCGACAGGACCUGCCAGAGAGCGGCCUGGCUCAACCACAAAAACGAGUGCUCCGCCAUCAAGAGGCAUGGCAAGGCACCCUCCGAAAACAUCAGGCUGGCUGCCCGCAUCCUGUGGAAGAUGGAGCGGGAGGGCACGGGGCUGUCCGAGGGCUGCCUGGUGCCCAUCGAGGAGCUGCAGAACCACGUGGACAGCUUUGGGGAGGAGGAGAAGAAGGAGCUGCGUGCUGACGUGGAGAGUUUCCUGGAGUUCUGGCCGCCCCACUGCCAGCAGUUUGGGAUGCAGCUCAUCUCCCACAUUUUCGGGGUGAUCAGCUGCAAUGGCUUUACCCUCAGUGACCAAAGAGGACUGCAGGCUGUUGGAGUGGGAGUCUUCCCCAACCUCUGCCAGGCCAACCACGACUGCUGGCCCAACUGCACUGUCGUCUUCAACAAUGGCAAUCAUGAGGCUGUAAGAUCAAUGUUCCACACACAGAUGAGGAUCGAGCUGAGGGCCCUGAGCAAGAUUUCCCCGGGGGAUGAGCUGACGGUUUCCUACGUGGAUUUCCUCAGCCUGAGCGAGGAGCGGCGCGCGCAGCUCAAGAAGCAAUAUUACUUCGACUGUGCCUGUGAGCACUGCAAGAAACAGCUCAAGGAUGACCUGAUGCUGGCAGUGAAGGCAGGGGAAAGCAAGCCCUCUGCAGACACGGUGAAGGAGGUGAUCCAGCUCUCCAAGGACACGCUGGAGAAGAUCAACAAGGCCCGUAUGGAGGGACAUUACCACGAGGUUGUGAAGCUGUGCCGUGACUGCCUGAAGAAACAGGAGCCUGUGCUGGGGGACACCAACAUCUACCUGCUGAGGAUCCUCAGCAUUGCCUCUGAGGUGCUCUCCUACCUGCAGAUGUUCGAGGAAGCAGCUGACUAUGCCAAGAGGAUGGUGGAUGGCUACCUGAAAAUUUACCAUCCCAACAACGCUCAGCUGGGGAUGGCCGUGAUGCGGGCGGGAGUGACUCACUGGCACGCUGGCCUCAUUGAAGCUGGCCAUGGCCUGAUCUGCAAAGCCUAUGCCAUCCUCCUGAUAACCCAUGGACCUUCCCACCCAAUUACCAAAGACCUGGAGGUCAUGCGCGUGCAGACGGAGAUGGAGCUGCGCAUGUUCCAGCAGAACGAGUUCAUGUAUUACAAGAUGAGGGAAGCUGCCCUCAAGAACCAGAAGAUCCAAGUCAUGCCUGAGCCCAGCAAUGAGAAUGCACCAAGCCUCUUCCACAAAAAGGAAUAAACCCAGAGCUUGGCACCAGUUCAUGCCUGCAGGGUACCAUCACCCGUGGCACUUCCGCACACUGGGAAUGUCAUACGGCAGUGGGAUAUAUCCACAGGGAUUGUUUCCAGUGGCACAAAUCUGACAGAAUGGACCUGCUGGGGAGCAGCCUGAAAACUCUUCUGAGGGCUUAAAGCAGAAGAGGUCCUGGCAGAAAAAGCAUCCCUUUUUCUAUCACUAAGGCAUUAAA